UUGAAGUUGAAGAUAUAGUAAAAGCAACAAGGGGUUUGGCUAGAACAUCAUUAGCACAAAUUAUGAUAAACUGUAGCAACGAAGAUAGUGAAUCAGAAAUAGAAGAUGUUGAACAAAAUAAUAAAAAACGGUUCAAAAAUCAAAAAAAAGCAAGG